ACGCAAAAAAAUAUAUAAAAAAUAAAAAAGUGAAAAAAAAAAGAAUUAAAGAAGAAAUCAUUGGAGAUGGCAAUGAAGAUGAAGCUGGUCAUCUUCCUCUGCUUCCUGUGCCGCGGCGUUGCACCGGCGAGCGCGAGCGGAACGUACAAUGUCAUGGAUUUCGGCGCCAAGGCCGACGGCACCACCGAUGACAGCCAGGCAUUUUUGGCCGCAUGGAAGGAAGCCUGCAACUCCUCUGGACAGGCCAAGGUCUUGGUACCUGUCGGGACAUACUUCCUCAACCCUGUCGAAUUCAGAGGCCCUUGCCCAGGCGUCCAGGACUUGACAUUCCAGUUCCAGGGAACAGUGAAGGCGUCGACAGACUUGAACAAAUACAAACAGACCCAUGGUUGGGUGGCGUUUUCGCAUGUCGAUCGCUUGACCUUGACCGGCGGAGGGACCUUCGAUGGCCAAGGAGCAGUCUCUUGGCCACUCAACAACUGCCCCAAGCAAAAGGACUGCACUCCUCUGCCAACGUCACUCAGCUUUGUGACCACAAACAACACUUUCGUCAAGGAUAUAACGUCCAUGAAUAGCAAGUUCUUCCAUGUAGCUUUGAUGAAUUGCAAUAACUUUAAAGGCAGUGGGAUCACCAUCAAGGCCCCUGCCAAUAGCCCCAACACCGAUGGCAUUCACCUCGAAGGCAAUUCCGGUGUGACCAUUUCGAGCUCGAACAUCGGCACCGGCGACGACUGUGUCUCCAUUGGACAAGGCAACUCUUUUGUCACAGUUAGCGGGAUCAAUUGUGGUCCUGGCCAUGGCAUCAGUGUUGGGAGCUUAGGAAGGUAUAACACCGAGAAGGAUGUCGGAAAUAUCCUUGUGAGAGAUAGCACCUUCAUUGGAACAUUAAUGGGAGUUCGUAUCAAGACUUGGGCUAACUCGCCUAUUCAAACUACAGCUCAAAACAUUACCUUUGCAAAUCUCAUCAUGAAGAAUGUUGGAAAUCCCAUCAUCGUCGACCAAACUUACUGCCCCUAUUCAAAUUGCGACAACUCGGUGUCUUCUCGUGUGCAACUAAAAGACAUCACGUUCAAGGACAUUCGGGGAACAGCGCAAUAUAAGGAGGCAAUAACACUAAAAUGCAGCAAAGGGUUUCCGUGCCAAGGGCUUAAACUUGAGAAUGUUAACCUCCAAAGUUCUGGCACACAGAGUGCAGGGUCUGUUUGUCUUAAUGCUCGAGCAGUCUAUUCUGGCCAAGUCAAUCCUACUCCUUGCAAUUGAUGACAAAUAAGGAGAAGAAGCUCAUAUAGUUUGAAUGAUUAGGUGCAUUUUUAGUUGCAGCCAUGCU